AUGCAAAGCAGAAUUGUUGCAUUAGAAGCCAAACUAGAUAAUCCCCUACCAAAGAAAUUAACAACGAAUGAGAAUUCCCCGCAGAACAAUGAGAGUAAGACUGCCUCGCCGCCAACACAACCUCCAUUGAAUCAGUUAAAUAAUGUCGAAAUAUCGAUCAUACUAGAAGUUACUAUCGCAAGGAAAAUGCUGCCUCACCUCCAAGGGAUUAAAGGCAGCAUGCACAAUUUGCUGAAUAAGGGGCUGUUUAUAUGAUCCCGCUUUGCCAGGAGAUAUGAGGCAGGAUGAUUUUGAUGUGCUUAAAUAAGUCACGAUGCAUGAUUCAGCAAAAAAUUUCACUAUUUUCUAGAGAUGGAUUACGGUAUAGUUAACUGUAAACGAAAGGUUGCCUGUUCAAGCAUAAUACUAUAUAACCUUCUUGCACCACACGAUCUUCUCUACAUUUGAACUAAUUCUCUACAUUUGAGCGUUUGAACUUUCGUUUAGCCUAGUGACUAAUAUUUUAAUACAUCAAAAUCAUCCCUUCUUCCAUCAUGCAAACUCAAGAUGCCUGUUCAGGAGGUAGGAAAAAUGCAAUUUGAAUAUCAAACAUCUUGCACAAAGUCAAAGGGCGGCUGAAAGUUCUAAUUCUACUUUCUUGGCAUGGGCGGUUUUAUAUGAAUAUCUUCAAUGCUUAUAACGUCUAGCUGUUGUAUAAUUAUAAUACGGUCAGUGGUGAAGGUAGCCAUAGGAACAGGUCAUGCUAUGCAAGUUUUUAAUGAUUUGCAUUAUUCAAAUAGAUGCAGGUUUAUCAGCAAGCAUAUGGCCAGUUGUCAUGGGCUAGCUUGCCACUGAAUACUGUACAAUGUUUAUAUAAAAAUACUAAGGGCCUGGUUACAUGGAGGCGAGUUACCCAGCAAGGCAAGUUACUCGGCAAUGGCGAGAUCCCUGCUGUUAUAGAAACUAAUAGUAAUCCCGGGUGACUGUUUACAUGAUGCAGCCAAGUAACUCGUCUUGGCGAGUUCCCGGCAGAAAGAGGUGGGAUCUGACCUAUGCCAGAUGAAUAUUUUCCAUGUAAACACUUUGCCGGGGUAACUCGGCCGCCUAAGAUAGAAUGCAUGUGCUUUGCCAUUGAAAUAUAAUAGCUCAAAAAUACAUACGAAUUGAUAGAUAAGUUUUCCUGAAUUGCUCGGCGCUUAUUCUUGUACGUUCACUAUAUUUUCUAAUUUUUUUUAGCGUUUCAAACGACUUAAAUCCUUUUUCUGUUUUGGCGCCAUUUCGGCAUCAUGCGGCAAUCAUGAGACAAAUGCCGAGUAACUCGCUUCCAUGUAAACAGGCCCUAAGUCGGGGUUUGUUCCAAUUAUUGUUUUAAUGCCACCUUCAAGACUGCCCAUAUCACAGAAAAACCGAAAAAUAUGCUGAUGGGGAGACAAUAUCUAUUUGUUGACAUUUCUAAUUGUGAGCAUUAUCGAAAAAUAUAAUACCGUGACUGUGAAAUGUAGUGCCACAGCCAGAUGAAUAUUUUAUAUAUAUGAAUGUAGGCUGGUAGGAUUAUUUCUUAUUAUGCUAACAAUAAACACACAGUCAAAUCUUAUACAAAAAUCAGUUGACAUACUAUUACAUGUAAUCAUAUUGCUGGUAUAAAGUCAAUAUGUGCAGAGAACAAUCCACACUGGGUUGCUCUAGGGAUCUUAUCACAGUAAGCCUGAUUUAACAACAUUCCGCGUGUUGUUAGUAAAACUAUAAACAUCAUUAUAAACAUCUAGAAAUGAACACUAUACUCAUCGUCUUGGCACAUAACAAACAAUUAAACAAAUAUUAAAACUGAGUACAUUGUGACUCGUAAAUAAGGCAUUAUUGACGAAUAGAUCUGCCGGUAAAUUCAUGAAAUACUUCAGAGCUCUUAAGUACUACAUCUUGUCUCCUUGUAUUUAUAAGACAUUAUCAAAUGUUCUAAACGACCAUGCGGACAAUGGGAAUAUUUCGGGUUGUAAAAAGCGCCGUAAACUCAUGACAUAAAAGCACAUUGCUUGCCUCCAGAAUGAACGCUAAACAGUUCAUGGCCCUGAUGGAUAUUAGCACAAAGAAAUAAAGCCAUACUUACCUGGUUUCUUCGGGAAAUGUUCGUAUAUUUUGCAUCAAGUGCAGAUCCAGAAUAAGUUUGCAUAUAGCCAUAUAAAUAUUUUCUCGCACUCCCCCCGUCCGUUCCCCCCCGGAUUUACGACAUCUUAACAGACACAAGAUCGAGAUCUCGACAAUACAUAGAUCGGCGCGAAAGACUGGUUCGAGUGAACUCUGGAGAAACCUUCAUGUCAAGAUUAGGAGUGCUGCCUUCGGCAGCAAAAACCCUUGGCCUUGGAUGAAAAUACAAAUCAAUCACGCGUUAAUUUAGAAAGCAAUCAAGAUCAAAACGAGUGGUUGAACCCUGCGCUUGAUCCCCUAGAACUAAAUAAGACAGACAAAAUUUCCCACAUAAACAAAUGUGAAAUUAAGGAAGCGACUAACAUUCAAUACAAUGAUCAAGGCGAAGCUAUUCGAGAUGCCGAUUGUUCUCCUGAACAAAGUGUCAUACGCAGAAUUAAACUUAAACCUAACACCAAAUACAAAGGCCAUAAAACAUCAUUGAAUACAAUUAAUAGUCUAAAACAAAUGGCAAACGGCACAACAGACGUCACACACUGCGACACGAAUAACAGGAUAGAACAUAGCGAUCAGGAUCAAAGCGAAAAGAAAUAUAAACACAGUCUACCUAUCAAACAACCACACGAACCCCUAGAACCAAAUAAGACAGACGAAUUUUCAUACAGAAAUAAACCUGAAAUUAAGGAAGCGACUAAUGCUCAAUUCAACGAUCCAGACGAAACUAAUUGGCAUGAACCACCAAAUUUCAUCCAGUCUCUUUCUAGAACAAAUACAAAUAAUUGCCUGCGGCCAAAUCGUUCGAACCGUCGCCCUCCGGACUGGCUCAAAUAUUUGGACCUAGUCAACCAAAUAACCAGAACCAGUACGUAA